UUGACGAGUUGUCAAAUAGAAUUGAGCAUAGACUAUGCCUGAGACAUUUGUAUGCAAAUUUCAAGAAGAAGUUUGGUGGAGGAGCUGCAAUAAGGGAUUUAAUGAUGGGAGCUGCCAAAGCUACAUAUUAUCAAGCAUGGGAGGCAAAGAUGAAUGAACUCAAAUUAGUUGAUCACCAAGCUUGGGACUGGCUAAUGAAAGUUCCUACUAGAAGUUGGUGUAAGCAUGCAUUUAAUUUGUUUUCAAAAUGUGAUGUAUUGAUGAACAAUUUGUCCGAGUCAUUCAAUGCCACCAUAUUAGUUGCUCGGGAUAAGCCUAUCUUAACAUUGUGUGAAUGGAUUAGAAAUUAUCUCAUGAAUAGGAUAGCUACAUCUACAUCUAAAUUAGCUAAGUGGCAACAUAAAAUCAUGCCAAUGCCUAUGAAGAGAUUAGAGAAAGAGGUGUUUAUGGCAAGUAAGUGGGCACCAACUUGCUCUAAUGGUGAACAAUGGCAAGUGACACAUGCAUAUAACCAACAACAAUUUAUUGUUGAUGUUUCUAAAAGAACAUGCUUUUGCAAUUUUUGGGAAUUGGUUGGCAUUCCUUGUAGGCAUGCUGUUGCAGCAAUUGGUUAUAGGUUAAAAGACCCAUUAGACUUUGUUGAUGACUGUUAUUCAAGAGAUAAGUAUGCACUUUGCUAUGGUUUUGCUGUUAGUCCCAUUAAUGGAAUGGACAUGUGGCCUACGCCUAAACCACCUGAAGAUGUUUAUGAAAUCCUUCUACCACCCGUGUAUAAAAUUGGUCCAGGUAGACCAAAAAAAUUGAGAAUUAGUGGAGUUGAUGAAGAUGGUGCUAGGAAGAGGUCAAGAGGUUUUGAUUACAGGUGCACCAGGUGUAGUGAGUUUGGCCAUAAUACAAGAGCAUGCAAGAGCAAAACUCAAACCCAAGAGGGUUUGAACAGAAAGAGGAAAUCGCCAAAAGGUAAAGCUAAAUGUAAUGCAAGUACUAGUGAAGUAGGAGGUAAUGCAAGCACUAGUGAAGCUGAAGUUGUGGUUGGAACUGUGAGUGGUGCAAGUCAGUCUCUAUUUGAAGAGAUCUCUGAUGAAGUUAUGGCAACAAUUCCUGAAGUAACUGUUGAAGACAUUGCUGAAGCUAAUAAGGACAACGCAGACCAUGACAAAGACAAUGUUGUGAAGGGCAAGGCUGUGAAGCAGAAAUCUAUGAAGAGGAAAUUGUAUCAUGGGAAAAGGAAAAGAAGUAGUGAAAGGAUCAUGCAGCAAACUUUAGCAAAACCAAUUGUUGGAGUUGGUUCAAGUAUUGCCCAACCUAUAGUGAUUAAAGAGCCACAUGAAGGGAUAUUAACACAAGAAGAUUCAACAAAGCUUGAAACUUGUUAUAAAGCCAUGAAAUCUUGGAAAAAUAUUAACAAAAAUUAG